CCAUCUAUCCAGCAGGGAGGCAGCGUCUCUUCACCACGGAGCCAUUGAGGCUUUUCGCCCCUUUCACUGAAGGCGGCUCAGCCCAUCACCCAGGAGAGAGGAGGAGGAGGAGCAGGACCCGCUGCACCUUCCGCCGCAUCAAACGGGCUCUCCUCCGGAGCCCCUCCGUAUGGGCUCACCAUGCGCAGGAUUCGGGCCAACGCCAUCGCGAUCCUGACCGUUGCCUGGAUCCUGGGGACCUUCUAUUACCUGUGGCAGGAUAGCAAGCCUCCGGCGUCGUCGCCCUCGUCCUCGGAGAGCCGCGGUGGCAGUGGCGGCAGCAGCAGCAGCAGCAGGGGCCACGGCGGGCUGAAGGCGGUGCCCGGGCGGCUGGAGCUCCACCGGGACGACAGGACACUCCCGCUUAUAGUGAGCCAGCCUCCGCGGAGGGACCUGCCGGGGCAGCUGCUGGGCGCCUUCGACGAGAGGUCCUACUUGGCGGCAAAGCAGCUGAAGCCAGGAGACGACCCGUACAGGGAGCACGCCUUCAACCUACUGGAGAGCGACCGGCUGGGGGGCGAGCGCACCAUCAGGGACACCCGACACUACAGGUGUGCUUCCCUAAACUAUGACGCCGACCUUUCCGCCACCAGCAUCAUCAUCACUUUCCACAACGAGGCUCGCUCCACGCUGCUGCGCACCGUCAAGAGUGUCCUGAUGAGAAGUCCUCCACAGCUGAUACAUGAAAUCAUUCUCAUCGACGACUUCAGCACAGAUGCUGAUGACUGCCAGCUGCUCGCUCAGAUCCCCAAAGUGCUUUGCCUGAGGAACGGCAGAAGAGAGGGCCUGAUCCGAUCCCGCGUGCGAGGAGCCAACUCGGCAUCGGCCACCAUUUUGACCUUCUUGGACAGCCACUGUGAGGUCAACACUGAUUGGCUGCAGCCCAUGAUCCAGCGGGUCAAAGAGGAGCAUACGCGAGUAGUGAGCCCCAUCAUCGAUGUCAUCAGCCUGGACAACUUUGCUUACUUGGCGGCCUCGGCUGAUUUGAGAGGAGGAUUUGACUGGAGUCUCCAUUUUAAAUGGGAACAGAUCCCCAUUGAGCAGAAAAUGGCCAGAAGUGACCCAACGCAGCCAAUCAGGACUCCUGUCAUUGCCGGUGGGAUUUUUGUGAUGGACAAGAGCUGGUUCAACCACUUGGGCCAGUAUGACACCCACAUGGACAUCUGGGGAGGGGAGAACUUUGAACUGUCAUUCCGGGUGUGGAUGUGCGGGGGUAGCCUGGAGAUCCUACCCUGCAGCCGCGUGGGUCACGUGUUCAGGAAGAGACACCCGUACGACUUCCCUGAAGGCAACGCUCUUACCUACAUCAAGAACACGCGGCGUGCCGCUGAGGUGUGGAUGGACGAGUACAAGCAGUACUACUACUCAGCCAGGCCUUCAGCCCAGGGCAAAGCUUUUGGCAGCAUCGCCGACCGCCUGACGCUGCGACGGAAGCUGAACUGCAAGUCUUUUCGCUGGUACAUGGAGAACGUCUACCCUGAGCUGAGGGUUCCUGAGCAGGAGGCCGUCUCCAGCAUCCUCAGGCAAGGGACUUUGUGCCUGGAGACCCGCGGGACAGAUGGCCUGGGUCUGGCGGAGUGUAGGGGGGUCGGCGGCAUCAGGCCCCAGUCACAGAGGUGGGAACUGAUUGAGCCGCUGAUCCGACAGCAGGAUCUCUGCAUGGCCAUCACAGUCUUCACAGCUGGGUCGAAGGUCAAGAUGGAGCCCUGCAACGCCAAAGAGCCGCGACAGAAAUGGAAGCCAAAAGGCCCUGCCCUACAGCACACAGUCAGCGGAUUCUGCCUGGACAGUCAGAGCCCCCCGGGACCCCUGGUCGUUGCUCAGUGUCGCCCCCAGGUGGCCAGCCAGGCCUGGGAGCCACAGGUCAUCAUCUGAGACACAGCAAAGUGAGGAGACAGGACCGGGAGAAUGUUCCGGUAAACCAGGAUGCUGGGAGUGAGUGGUUUCUUCUGGUCUGGAAACAAACACAAGUCCUUGCAGAGAAGCGUCCAGGUCUUCUGUGUGUCUUUUAAAGGAUGCUGUGGCUCUUCUACGUAAACUAAACUUCUUUCUGUGUUCAUCGCUGAUUGCUUUGGAUUGGAAUAACGAGAACUGACUCAAAAACAACGUAGCAUCUGAUUCUAACAGAAAGGUCAGAGCCCCAAAAGGAGCGUUAUUUAUUGUUUUGCAUGGUAGCACCCACGUUUGUUUGUCUUCACCCUUGUUCCUGUCCUGCUAUGGAGUUUCAUGUAAAUACUUGAAGCAUAUUAUAUAUUUGCUCGUUAUUAUUUGUGUGUAAAGUACUAUAUGUUCAUUGUAAAAUAAAAAUGUAGUAAUAAA